AUUACUUACUGUGUGUUCUUUUGUUGUGGUUUUUUUUAGAAAAUAUCGAAUGGAGAAGUUGGAUGCUUGCAUCAGCUGAAGAAAGUGUUUCUCAGGUCCUAUAGCCUUCAGUGAAAGAGAAGAAAAACCCAAGAAGAUCAUGUUCCUGUUAGGUUUGUAACUACAGGAAAUGGUGAAGGAGCUCUGUUUGUCAACAGGAAACUGGUAUAAAUGACUGUGUCAUACGGUAUACUUCACACACAGAAGUGCCUGCGGGACUCUCUGGCCUGGUGAUAAAGGACUUGAUCAGGGUGAGGUUUCCCUACCGUGGCGUUGUUGGCUGGAGUUUGAUAAAUUCUUCUUCUGCACGGGCUCGGACUCUGUAAAGUGCAUCUGAUUGGCUAAAGAUGACAAACCCUUUAUUUCCCUUUUGUACUUCCCUGCGGUAGAGAUCUGAGGUAGCUAACAAGAAACAGGGUAUGUCGUCAUACUCCCACCAUCUGCUUAGGAAUUAAGUGCCCUUCAGAACCCAGACAGUUUUGAGGUGCCUCAGUUAUUGUUCACUGUGCUGCAGAUAUGGACUCUGAGCUUCUCUGGCACUUUCUCACAUUGGCCUGGUCGACCUCACCAUGCUAGUACAUGGGAAUAAAGACUUCCUUGCGGAUGUAGUUUACAUCAUCCUGGAGCUGGUCAUUGCCGUGCUGGCCAUCUUGGGGAAUGUCCUGGUCUGCUGGGCCGUCUAUCUGAAUAGCAACCUCCAGAAUGUCACCAACUACUUUGUGGUGUCCUUAGCUGCAGCUGACAUUGCAGUGGGUGUGCUGGCCAUCCCCUUUGCCAUCACCAUCAGCACUGGCUUCUGUGCCUUCUUCUAUGGAUGCCUCUUCAUUGCCUGCUUUGUCUUGGUUUUGACUCAAAGUUCCAUCUUCAGCCUCCUGGCUAUUGCCAUUGACAGGAUCAUUGCUAUCCGGAUACCCCUCAGGUACAAUGGUUUGGUGACUGGCUCACGUGCCAAGGGUAUCAUUGCCAUCUGCUGGGUCUUGUCCUUCAUCAUUGGCCUGACACCCAUGCUGGGCUGGAACAAAUGUUCCCAGAGUGAAGGUCAGGAUACCAAUAACUCGUCUCCAAACAACUGUAGCAACAGGAUGGUGGCUUGUCUCUUUGAGACUGUAGUCACCAUGGAAUACAUGGUCUACUAUAACUUUUUUGCCUGCGUGUUGUUACCCCUCCUCAUCAUGUUUGGCAUCUAUUUGAAAAUCUUCAUGGCAGCCCGGCGGCAGCUGAAACAGAUGGAAAACAAGAUGGUGCAUGGGGAACGCUCGCGGUCCACUUUGCAGAAGGAGGUCCAUGCAGCCAAGUCCUUAGCCAUCAUUGUUGGACUUUUUGCCAUCUGCUGGCUUCCACUCCACAUUAUAAACUGCUUCACUCUUUUUUGCCCAGGUUGUACCCGUCCUCCCCUCUGGCUGAUGUACCUGGCCAUUAUCUUGUCUCAUGCCAACUCCGUAGUGAACCCAUUAAUCUAUGCCUAUCGGAUCCGGGAGUUCCGACACACCUUCCGGAAAAUUAUCAGUCAGCAUAUCCUGGGAAGGAAGGAGCAGUUUAAGACCGGUACUGCCAGCUCUCGGACUUCAACUCAUGGUGGGGAUGGGGAGAAUGCCAGCAUAAGGAUCAGUGAAUAUGCCCUGAACGUAUACACCAAUGGGGAGAUCCACAGAGACCCUGAAAAGCAGGACCUGAGCAAAUGCAAGGCAGGUUUGGAAUGGCACCAGAAUGGGAGUGCAUUGGACAUGGAAACAAAUGGGCAUAUUCCACAUUCUUGCAAAAACGGGGACCUCUCAGAGGCAUGUAAGAACAUGGAGCUGCUUAGUGAAGAGCUGAUUGGGACAUCUGCCUCUUACUCUGAUCUGGAGAGUUCAACCUUUGCAGCAGCUGAUGUUUCCUGAUGACUUGUAUCGAGUCUUCCUGAUCAAAUUAUUUUUUUUUGCCCUGUCAGAUGCCUCUAUAUGGGAGAAAGCGAGGCUGGGAAGAAAGGGAAGUCUGUGUCCAUGUCUUUCUGGUGAAGGGGGUCCUUGCCCAGGACUGAUGGGAAGAUCCUAAGAGCUGGGCCGGAGAAAAGUAAUGAGAGAGUUUUGAAUGGACUAUGGAAGAAGGAAAACUCUAUCUGUCAAAGGUCCAGCUCUGAGACACAGAGAGAAGCAAACUAAGGUCAAAGCUGACAUCCUGAGCUGAGCACCAGGAGACUGUUAAUUCAGGGUAUAUUGUGCUGUUCUCCACUGUACUAUGUGUCUGUGGAUGUGUGUUGGUCUAGUUGUCUUCACCCACAGAAAUAAAGGGCUGGUUAGAAGUAUUCAUGUCUUCAUGAAGAGGGGUGGGGCUUUUAAGUCUGCAGCCUCUGUUAAAAAUGUAAAGGGCAUAACCCUGCCUGCUGGUCAGGAACAGUACCUAGGAAGUGAAGGGAUUCUCAUCCGGACCUUUGGACACCUUAAACUAUAUAACUGUUUUACUUUGUCAUUGUUGUUUUUAAAGCUUAACUGCACCACAGGUUUCCUGACUUUUCUUAUCACCACUAAAUCACAUCAUCGUAGGACCUGCUUCUUACUUAUAACGGUUAGCAGUUGAAGCAUGACUAUACACAGCUCCCAACCCUGCCCAUGUCCCUGAUAGACCCAGCAUGUUGAAAGAAACUAGUAACUAUAUUUCACAGACCCCCAUUUCAUUUAAAGAAGUAUGAAUAUGAACUUAUUUUAAAUAAUUUAUAUUAGCCAAGGGGCAGAAGGCAUGAUAAGGUGGCAACCUGGAGACCAAAUGGUUCAGAGAGGCAGAAGCUUUCAGAGGCAACAGCCUGCUUUGUCAGAUACUAAGGGGUGAGAGCAGAUCUGUGUUCUGCAGGUAACAGUGCGACAAGGCAGGGGUAGGGAAAGGUGCCCAGGAGGUGUUGACAGGUUUGGUGGAUGGCUGGCAGGUGCACUGGGAGCAGUAGAAGGGGAUAGGCUGGAGCCAGGGCCAGGUUUGUGCUGUCUUAAGAGUCAUCUCUCUCCAUCUGUCUUUGUAUCUGCCCAGCUAUAUGUGCAGAAUUAAUCAUUCUGUGUCCAUCGACCAAUUUUAUCUCCCAUUCCCUCUGCCCUCUGGUUUAGAAAUAUUUUCUCCUUUGAGCAUAAAGUAUUUUAGAAAACUGAACUGACCCUGAAAGCCUGAAAUUCAAGUGAAUCCAAGUUCAUGAAACCUAUUUUUCCUAGAAAAUUGACAACUGGGAAAUCCCAUGUGUUUUGGUAAUGUGUGGAUGUAAAUUGUGAAAGAGUGUAUUGGACUUCAGGGAGACAUGUCUGCGUGGGGCAUUCCUAUAGUUUGAGAGCAGAAUCAGCUCAUGUUUUGGGGAACUGGAAACCAGAAAUACUAGUUUAACUCUUGGUGUUAGCCUGCCAUAAAACAGAAUCUAGUCUGCAUCUCUUGCAGGGUGUAUUAUAGUGUGGUGUGUGCUAAAGGGUUUUUACUUGAUCUGGGGAUGACAGCACUACUUGUUAUUAGUGAAGUCCCUUAACUCCAAGGAAGGUCAGUAAGAUCUUUAUGCUGCCCCCCCGCCCCCCCCAGCUUCUAUCCUACAUGUGCCAUAUAUGCGCUGUUCUGGAGACUGCCUCAGUGGCUUCUCUAAAUGAGUAUUACAGUAUUAGACUUGGGUAUCACAAGGCUUUGAGGGUGAAAGGCAGGCAUUGGCUUCCCUGUUAGAAAGCAAGGAGUUUACCCAUUCCAGAGAUUUUCAGAUCUGCUUUCUGAUCCUGAAGCACCAUGAGAUUAGACCUCAGUCCUGCUUCUGGGACAGAUUUGUACAUUGAGCAUCCCAGCUCUCAGAUCAGUGUAAUUCUUGGGGAGAGGAAUUUUGAGAAGUGCAGGAGGGAGGAGCACUGCUGGUGUGCAUUUUUCUUUGGUCUUUGUUUUAAAUAUUAGUAAACUUAAAUGAAAAGCCAGCUUUUUUUUCUUUUCCUGCAAGUUCCCUGGCUGAAUCUGAGACUGGCUUGUAACUGAGAGCAUUUAACUAAAAUUUCCCCAGGGAUUGUUAUGGUGCUUUCUGUGAGUCCUCUACAAAAGGACAAGGCAAGUAUUAGAACAAUAGACUUCACAGUUUAAUUGAGUUACUGUUUUUGGCAUGAGUCUUCCAUGUUGUCUCCUUACGUCGUCAGAGGGAUGGAUUAACACAACAACGCUGUAAACACCCAUUAAACCAUUUCCCUGUUCCUUUACAUCACUGUUAGCCCCUCUGAAGGCAUCUUUGGGGUGUUAUUACCCUUGUUUUUUUCUGGUGGAAUAUCUCUGGGUAGUUCAGGGGAUUAAACCUCUGCCCUUCGGUAACCUCCCACCAGUGGAGGAAUCCAUGAAGGGAAAUGGGGUGGAGGUGUCUGAUCAUCUCUGAGCUUGCUCUGGAACUGAAGUGCUUCUAAGAAUAACACCAGCUUACAUCCUGUGUUUGUCAGUAACAAUUAGUUCCACAAAGGAGAGCAGGGAUGUGUGGGAAAAUACCAGCGUCACUCGUGAUGAAAGCAUGUCCUCUCGUGUUCUCAUUGCCAUUGCAGGGGGAUCUGACACGUUGCAUCAGACUUGACAACAGCCAACACAGGCUCGCUGCCUUCCAUUGCUACCUGAGUUUCUUCACACCCAAACAUGGCAGUUUCUUCACUACUGUCUGCUUGCUGCAAGAACAGGGUUGACUUAUGUGGGUGCAACAAACCUGGGAUGGUCACUCUGGAAAACUAUUUGGCUAAGCUGGGUUGCUGUGCAAACUCUGUUGGUCUCCAGAUGUUGCGGAAUUGGCUUCCGCACUGUUUAAGGCUUUUGACCAACUGGUUCAAGUACCAUUUCAGUGCUGAAAUGAUUAAGGCCCAGAAGGAAAGGGCAGGGAAUGAAAUCUUGUCUCCCAAGGGUAGGGGAGCUGAGACUGGGACUGAUUUGUGGGAUGCCCGUAGGACUGCAGGGGCCUUCACUAGAUGGACAUUCCUUCCCAGGAGGAGUGGGGCAGUGUCGUUUGCAAGAAUUUGGGGAUGUUGCAAUCAGCCAGGGAAGAGUGAAUGGUAAAAUGGAGCCCAUUUGGUUGCAGACUGUGCAUCUUUGGUUGAGGUGUGUUGGAGAUGGACCUUCAGGAUAUGAACUCAGUAUGCUCAUUGAGGGGAAAUGCCAGAGAAGCAGGUGAGAGCUACUACUCUGUGCUGGGUAUAUGCAAGGAUCUCUAAUUAUCAGAAAUGGCAUUCGUUGGGAAAUGACUGGCAUAGGUGUGGACACUGCUGGCCCAUGCUGGUUACGUCUACACAACAAACUUACUGUGCCCAGCAGCAUCAGCACCUUAAGCCUGCUGCACUGCCCCUUGGGGCUGACUCCUCAGUGCAGUGUAUCUGUGCUUGCACAGUGCUUCAGGUGGGCUGAUCAGCACUGCUGAGCAGCAGGGUCAAGUAGCCAUGCAGACUGCUUUGGGUUAGCAGGUAGCCUGAGCAGCGUGGCCCAUCUGAAGUUGUCUCUGCUGGGGACGGUAUGUUUACUAGGUAGCUGUGGCCCCAAACGCAGACACUGGUUGUUUAGCUCCACUUGACAGUAUUGGCAACCC